CCUGCUAAGAUGAGUCCAUGUUCUGGCCAGCGCUGGACACAUCCUCUCUCCUCCGUGCCGGGACAGCAGCUCAGCCCUCACCAUGAACGACAUCUACAAAGCAGCGGUUGAGCAGCUGACCGAUGAGCAGAAGAACGAGUUCAAGGCAGCCUUCGACAUCUUCGUGCAGGAUGCAGAGGAAGGCUGCAUCAGCACCAAGGAGCUGGGCAAGGUGAUGAGGAUGCUGGGGCAGAACCCCACCCCCGAGGAGCUGCAGGAGAUGAUCGACGUGGACGAAGAUGGCAGCGGGACCGUGGACUUUGACGAGUUCCUGGUGAUGAUGGUGCGGUGCAUGAAGGACGACAGUAAGGGGAAGACAGAGGAGGAGCUGGCCGAGCUGUUCCGCAUGUUCGACAAGAACGCAGACGGGUACAUCGACCUGGAGGAGCUGAAGGUGAUGCUGGAGUCCACGGGGGAGACCAUCACAGAGGACGACAUCGAGGAGCUCAUGAAGGACGGCGACAAGAACAACGACGGCAAGAUCGACUACGACGAGUUCCUGGAGUUUUAUGAAAGGAGUGGAGUAAUGGAAACCCAGAUUCAGGCCCCUUCCCCUUCCCCCCCGCACCCCCCCCCUUCCCCCGGCGUUAUUUUUGUACUUCACUUCAUGACUUCAUGGUUAUCUAUGGAGAACUGGAAACAGAUUUUGGAGCGAUGACGAAACUUUGGAACAACUUUGCAAGAUUCAACUCAAUAAGAUAUACAAAUGUUCCUGUGUUUUCUACUAUCAUCUCUUGCAUUGUUGUAAAUACAUGUUGUAACUAGACUUUGGCGUUCAUGAAUGCUGAUAUGGUGUGAAUGUAGACAAAGUUUAAUUUGACUUUCUAUUAAAGCGACACACAACAUCGGUUGGACUAAUUCAAAUAUCUUUGAAGUUUGAAAGACACGGUUACAAAAUCGUAAUUCUGAAUUAAAAAGAUAGAUACUAAGAAAUGUUGCCUUCCUUGGCAAAGUAGUGGCAUAGUAUGGCCACAAGUAUGUUUUUGAACAUUCAGUCUAUUUUCUUUUGUUACAUUUCUGUAUGUUGAAGAUACACUCAGGCUGCUGUUUGCUUUGAAAUCCCCUGAACAAACACUGUAUGCCUACAAUGGAUCCACACCAAAUAAAAAGGAUGAAUUAUGCCCAAGCAG